AUGGUACAGAAGUUUAAUUUUGGUACGGAUGGAUGUAUUGAAAGUAAUGAUAUGUACGAACCAGAAUGGCGUUCAAAUUACUUGUCUGAUUGCGAAGAUGCAUUCAACAAACCAAUUACUACUAUCGAUCUGAUUCGUUGGUCAUUCCACGUCGCUCGUGGAAUGGAAUACUUGGCUAGUCGUAAGAUUUUACACGGCGAUUUAGCUGCCAGAAAUAUACUUCUAGCAGAAGGGAAUAUCGCGAAAAUCUGUGACUUUGGUCUCGCCAAGAGUAUGUACCAAAAUGAAGAAUACAAAAGCAGUAAAACCAUAUUGCCUGUCAAAUGGAUGGCUAUCGAAUCACUACGAGACAGGAUAUUUUCAACGCAAUCUGACGUGUGGUCUUUCGGGAUUACCAUGUGGGAAUUUUUUUCAUUGGCAGUAUUGCCUUAUCCAGAUUUGGACAAUUCGGAAGUAUACAAAAAAUUGGUUUCUGGCUACAGAUUAGAGAAACCAAGAUUCGCUACGAGUAAAAUAUAUAACAUCAUGAUGGAUUGCUGGAAAGAGCACCCUAAGCAACGACCAUCAUUCGACGAACUAGUUCAAAAACUUGGAGACAUUCUCGAACCUCCUACACAAUCUCAAAACCCUAAUGAUGACGCAAAAGAAUGCGCAACGAUUUUAAACGCACCCGUAGCCAAGAAUCCCCAGGUGGUUGAGAAUCAGUUGGAAUUGAUUCCAUAA